ACCCUGGGAUACUCUAUCCCUUAGAUGCUUUUGCUCUGGCCUGUGUCAGUCAGGGCCCACAUGUUGCUCAGCUGAUGACUACAGCCUCUCUAAUUCCCAGUGCCUCCCUCAGUCCCCAGAGUCCUGGGGUUCCCCAGGGGUACACAGAGCUGCAGUGUGCAGGCUGCUUUCCUAGCACCUAAUGUGUGUUAAAAGGGUUUGCAGAAUGGCUGCCAGCCAGGGCUUGGGGGCUUGGCCAAGGGCAGACGAGAAGUGAUUAUUCAGCAAAUCUUCUGUGUUGCAUUUAAAGGGCCUAGGACAGGCCUGUGUCUCUUCUACUGGGGGGACAGUUGAGGCACCAGUCUGCACAGACAGCUUCUGUGGAGGCUCCGUGGGCCAGGACAAAGGGUUAGUCAGCUGGUGGCACUGGACUGCCCCACAGUCAGCUGUCUGGGUAGUAAGUCUGUCCCAAGUGGGUAGCAGGAGCAUUCCUACCUGAACCAUCCCUGAGGGAUUCUCAGGCUACAGGGGUCACAGCCUUCUUGCCUCAGCACCCAGCACUGGAAAUGUAGUCCCACACACAUCCCUCAUGGGUCACCACAGCUGGGGACAACAGAACUUUGCCAGUGUGAGGGGUGUGUUGCCACCUCAGCUGGCAAGGCCCUGCAACGUGGUAACAGCAGCACAGAAAAGCCAUGACCAAGGAACUGUGCUCCCUUUGCUCAGUCUUAUAGCAGAGGAAGAUGCUGAAGUGUCUCCUGGGACAGAGUGGUACUGAGAUGAGAUGCAAGGGUCUGCUUUUGGAGGUUUUGAGAGGAAGGCACAAGCAGGUGCUGAGGGACAGAGACAGCCCUGGAGCUCUGACUAUAUGGAGGGACACACACCAGAACGAUGAAGGCUCAGCAGCUGGCAGGGCCCAGGCAGAGGCAGCCCAGGACCUGAAGGGGAAGGUAGGAAGGGACAGCAGCAGUAGCUGGGAGGGGCCAAGUCCCCUGCCCCACCUAGCAGGUGUCCUGGGCAACCACUGGUGGCUCCUCUGUGACCUUGCUGUGGAACCAGUGGAACCGGUCAGUGUGCACCAUGCCGUGCUGCCUGCUGCUCCUCGCUCUGCUGCUGGGGGCUGCCCUCCCACAGCCUGUGCACCAGAGGAACAGCUACUCAGUUCCUGAGGAUUUCUCUGCUCCCCUGGAGCUUCCACAGAAGCACUUUGGCCUGGUGGAUGAUUACGGCAUCAAGCCCAAGCAGCCUGGCUUCAGGACGCGGGCGGCCCCGGUGCGGCCGGCGGAGCUGCGCAGAGCCCGCAAAAGCAAGCGCGACGGGCUGGACCUGCUGGAGUUCUACGAGGAUGGGCGCCUGUGAGCCAGCGUGCCCCUGUGCCCACCACAGCCCCCCAGGUGAGGGCUGGAGCAACAGCUGCCAGAAGGCCCUUUGGGCCAUCAUAUGCUCUCUGGCCUCUCAGGAUUGCAGCCAGGGCUCUUGGACCAAUAGUGAGAAGCUCCAGUUCUUCUUGCGGUCCCAAGGGAAAGAAGCCAGGGCCCAAACGCCUGGUAGCGGGAAACAAAGGCCACAGUAGUUCUGCUCCAGGAACCAUCAUAUUUAAUAGUUGUUGCCAUCACAGCAGAUCCAGCUGAAGCACAGACAUCACUGGCUGCAGGGACCGGGACCAGGAGAGCUCUUCCUCCCUGGUGCUUUGCAUGGCUCCCUGCAGCCUUUAGCCCUUCCCACUUCAGGCAGACACCCAGCUUUGUGCAGGGGCUGAGCCCCCCUGCCCUGCCUCUGCCACCUGCAGCUUGGGGGAGAGGGGAAAGGGGCAGAGAAAGGCUUCCCUCCCGAGGGUAGUGUUACUGCAGGGAGGUAUGAGGGGAAUUUUUCUCUCUCCCCAGGGCAUGGAUUCAAGAUGGAAGGGGUGGGGAUGGGGACAGAG